AUGGGUGAUCGAUCAAGCAAUGUCUCUUUUACUGAAUUCCAGUUAAUUGGAUUCACAGACCUCAAAAACUAUCGACCUCUUCUUUUUAUUCCUUUUUGUAUCAUUUUAGUAUAUUCUUUAUUAGCUAAUGCGAUUUUAAUGUUUGUUAUUGCAAAACACAGGAAUUUGCAUGCUCCCAUGUAUAUUCUAAUAGGACUGAUUGCAGCUUUAGGAUUUUUUGUUCCAAUUUACUUUGUUCCAAGAAUGUUGUUCAGUUUUUUGUGGAAUCUGAAUACCAUUACACGACAUGAGUGUUUGAUACAAAUGUUUUGCCUACAUUUUUCUGGUUGUUUUCAGUCCAGCAUUUUACUUGGGAUGGCUGUUGACCGAUAUUUUGCUAUCAUUUUUCCUUUACGUUACAACGACUUUGUAAAUUUGACAAACUCUUUAAUUUUCUCUGCGAUUCUGAGCAUUCGUAACACUGUUAUUAUUGUUGCCAUGGUUAGUCUGGUUGUGCCACUUACUUUUUGUAAAACAAAUAUGAUUUACCACAGCUUCUGUGAACACACAUCAGUCGUCAAUAUAGCUUGUAAUGAUAUUUCCAAAAACUAUUUAGCUCUUUCAGUAGCUUUUGGCAUACCAUCCUUUGAUUGUUUUGUUAUAUUUUGCUCAUAUAUCAUCAUUUUCGUUGUUAUAUUUCGUUCUCCGUCGGGGGACUCCCGGCAAAAAGCAAUUCACACAUGCACCACACACAUAAUGGGGAUAGCAGUAGCUUAUAUCAGUGUUGUUACUGCAUUUGUGGGGUAUAGGGUGAGUACAAUACCCCGGGAUGUCCGUGUCUUAGUUAGUGCAAUGUAUCUUCUUCUACCUGGAAUCUGUAACCCUGUGAUUUAUGGUCUCAGAACCACAGAAAUAAGAACUCAAAUUGUUAAAUAUUUAAAAUCUGAUAAAAUUUCUACUUUUUGAUCGGCAAAUAUGCCACAGUUACUAUAAAGAGUACUUUUAUUCCCUUACAAAUUCUGUAUGUAAUGAUUGUUUGUUGUAUUACAAUAUUCUAGGCCUGUAAAAUUGAAUGUUAGCAGUAGUCAGUUAAAAUGUGUCAUUCCGCCUGUCAAAUUGCACAAGUGCUAGUAUUUUAAAACUACUGAACCGUCAAUAUUAACAAAACUUUGCUAUUACAAAAAUUAUGCCUUUUUUCCUGUUUGAUUGUUUACUUUAAAUUUCUCUGUUAACUGCUUUCUAGUGACAGUUCCACUGUAUGAUGGA